AUCGCUCUCUCCAGGAGGACACAUGAUUCACUCAGAGGGAAUGAGGAAAUGAGUCACGGCUUUGAUCAUUCUUUAACUUUCGGUUUGUUUAGCUGAAGUGACACCGAUGCACGUCUAAAACUGAAGUUCAAAUGUUUGUGCGGAGACGCUUCAGUACAUGGAGACGCCAGCGUGGUCACUUGCAUUUUUCCAAGGAUACGCCGUCAUUUUUACUCAUAAGCAGUGAGUCAGUGAAGGACAAUGGCAUCAGUUAAGCAGCAUUGUGACACACUAGUUGAGCAGGAAGAAGAAAAGGUGAAACACGAGCAAGUCCAAAUGAGCAGCAGUACUCACACUGGAGUCAGUGUUGAUCUGAACGCUCAGAAGGGAGCAACUGUAAAUGCUACUGUACUCAGUGGAAACACUAUCUCAGGCCCAGUGACCAUCAACUACAACACUGCAGGAAAUGAUACACAAAAAAUCUCAGAGACCGAGAUGGCAGAGAAACAAGAUAUGAUUCUCAAAAGAUUUUUGGAAACUCACAAAUGCACCAUGAAGAGUAAAGCAGAAUGUAUUUUUGAGGGCCAAGAAGAAAAUGAAGCAGAUCUCAAGGCUGUUUACAUGGAAAUCUUCAUCACAGAGGGAGAUAUGAAAGAUGUCAAUCAGGAACAUGAGAUUUUGAAUAUUGCUUACGCUUUCAACAACAAAGUACCACAGGACAAACCAAUCAAAUGCAAUGAUAUAUUUACUGAACUGAGAAAAAAAAAUCAGAAAAAAAUUGUGCUGACCAAGGGCAUUGCUGGCAUUGGAAAAACAAUCUCUGUGCACAAGUUCAUCCUGGACUGGGCUGAAGGAAAAGCCAAUCAGGAUGUAGACUGUGUGUUCCUGCUUUUGUUCCGAGAGAUAAACUUAAUGAUGGAUAAAGAUGUCAGUCUUCAUGAGCUUCUGCUGGAAUUUUAUCCUGAACUGAAGGACAUGGAGAAAACAAAGCUAUAUAAGGAAUGCAAUCUAGCAUUUAUAUUUGAUGGACUUGAUGAGAGUCGUCUAGCUUUGAAGUUUACAGGUAUACCUGUAAGAGACCCUGUUGAGAGAAAAUCUCUAGAUGUGCUGUUUAUGAAUCUGGUCGAAGGGAAUCUGCUUCCAUCGGCUCUUGUCUGGGUGACCUCACGACCAGCAGCAGCCAAUCAAAUCCCUCGUCAGUGCGUAGGUUUGUUCACAGAGGUGCGAGGAUUCACUGACCAGCAUAAGGAGGAGUACUUCAGGAAGAGAAUCACAGAUGAGACUGUGGCCUCCAGAAUCAUCUCGCACAUUAAGACGUCUCGUAGUCUCUACAUCAUGUGCCACAUUCCUGUGUUCUGCUGGAUCACAGCCACAGUACUUCAGGAUAUUCUCAUUGAGAACAGUGCAGAGAACAUAAGCACAACACUCACUGAAAUGUACAUUCACUUCAUGCUGAUACAGAUGAACAUCAAGAAUCAAAAAUAUGAAGAACAAGGAGAAAUAGAAUGUGCCAAGCACUUACAAUCAAAUAGAGAGAUGAUUUUGAAGUUAACCAAGCUAGCGUUUGAACAGCUGAAGAAGAAAUCAGUCAUGUUCUUAGAGACAGAUCUGAAAGCAUGUGGUAUUGAUGUAAGUAAAGACACUGAGUUCACAGGAAUGAUCGCUGAGAUCCUUCAGAAGAAAAAUGUUAUUCACUACAAGAAGGUUUUCAGCUUUGUGCAUCUGAGUGUUCAAGAGUUUCUCGCUGCAGUGCAUGUGUUCAUCUGUUACCUGAACAAGAAUAUGCAGGAGCUUCAGUAUUUCUUUGAUGAGCCAGAAGAAAGUAUCACAUUGCAGGAGCUACUGCAGAAGGCUAUUGCUAAAGCCACAUUGAGUGAAGGAGGAUAUCUGGACCUGUUUCUGCGGUUUCUGAUGGGCAUUACACUGGAAUCCAGUCAAGACCUGCUCGAAGGUCUGAUCAAACACACUGAAGACACCACAGAGAGCAUCAAAAAAACAACUAAAUACAUUAAACAAGUACAAGAUGGCUACACGAUCUCAGAUGAAGCUUCAGUCAACCUAUUUUACUGCUUACUUGAGCUCAAGGAUCAUUCGUUAUAUGAGGAAAUUCAGAGAUACAUCAGUUCAAAUGAACAUCAAGAAAGAAAACUCUCAUCUUCAAAGUGCACUGUGCUAAUCUACAUACUGCUGAUGUCAGAGAAGGUGCUGGAUGAGUUCAACCCAAGGAGGUUCACAUCAUCACAAGAAAAUUACAAGAGAUUCGUUCCAGCUGUGAGAUGCUGCACGAAAGCCCUAUUUGACAGCUGUGGUCUUGAUAAAACAUGCUGGGAAACUGUAUCUUUUGCUCUCCAAUCAUCAAACUCUCAUCUGACAGAGCUGGACCUGAGUAGCAAUGACCUUCAGGAUUCAGGAGUGAAGCUGCUUUAUGAUGGACUGAAGAGCUCACACUGUCGACUGAACAUACUGAGGCUAUGUGGCUGUAAUCUCACUGUUCAGUCCUGUGAAAGUUUGUCGUCAGCUCUACAAUCCUCAAACACUGUCCUGAGAGAGCUGGACCUGAAUAACAAUGACCUGAAGGAUUCUGGAGUGAAGUUUCUUUCUAAUGGACUGAAGAGUCCAGUCUGUAAACUGGAGAUACUGAGAGUUUCCAUAUGUAAUCUCACUGCUCAAUCUUGUGAGAGUUUGUCAUCAGUUUUACAAUCCUCAACCUCCUGUCUCAGAGAACUGGACCUAAGUAACAAUGACCUGACAGAUUCAGGUGUGAAGCUCCUUUCUGAUGGACUGAAGAAAAACUGUAAUAUGGAAAUACUGAGGUUGUCUGGUUGUAUGGUGACGAAGGAAGGCUGUGGAUAUUUGUCUUCAGCAUUGAGUUCAAACCUCUCACAUCUGAGAAAGCUGGAUCUGAGCUACAAUCACCCAGGGGAUUCAGGAGUCAAGCUGCUGAACCAUCCAAACUGCACACAGGACAAAAACAUGGAUAAUGGAGGAGAAUCCAGGAUUACAGCAGGACUAAAAAAAUAUGCCUGUUUUCUUACACUGGAUCCAAACACAGCAAACAAUUAUUUAAUUAUGUCCGAGGAGAACAGGAAGGUGACAUACAUGGAAGAAGACCAGUCAUAUCCUGAUCAUCCAGAGAGAUUUGAUGUGUACCAGAUUCUGUGUAGAGAGAGUCUGACUGGACGCUGUUACUGGGAGGCUGAAUGGAGUGGAGCUGAGGCUGUUAUAUCAGUGACAUAUAAAGGAAUCGGCAGGAAAGGACGUAGACGUGACUGUAUGCUUGGACGCAAUCAAAUCUCCUGGAGCCUGUUGUGCACUGAAGCCAAGUUCACUAUGCGUCAUAAUUAUAGUUCAGUUGAUAUAUCUGUUCCUUCACACUCUUCUAAUAGAGUAGGAGUGUAUGUGGACGUGUCAGCUGGCAUUUUGUCCUUCUACAGUGUCUCUGACACACACACGCUCACACACUUACACACACUCAACACCACAUUCAAAGAGUCUCUCUAUGCUGGGUUUGGAGUUUAUGAUUUUAACUCAGUGUCUCUGUGUGACGUUAGCAGCCUCUGCAAAGAGCCUCCUGUUAGACACUAGAGAGAUACAUGCAUAACCGAGUUAUCACAGAUAAAAAUCUUAAAUCUUUUCUUUGGUUUCAUGUGUACAUAAACCUCUACUCGUCUCUGUCCAAGAAUGAACUGAAAUGAAAACAUUUAGCU